UCCGGACUUUUUACAACACUUCCGUCAUAAAACUUGUAUAAAGCUAGUGGGAAUAUAUUUAGUGUGCUUUGAAUAUUAUAUUAACCGUAGACACAAACAUUUUGGUGAUCAUAAUAUCUGUAUUAUAUACGUAACAUACAUUUUUAUAUGUUAGGACAUAUGCAAUACUUGUGAGUCACAUUAUCUGAUCUUCUUGCAAAUUAAUAAUAGUUAUUUAUCUUAAUGAAACCUUGUGAGGCGUGACCGGAAAGUCGAUCGUAACGUCAUCUCGGUUGUUGUACUUUAAUUAACUGUCUUAAACAGAUAUACAAUUCAAAAAUGGAGAUUUAAAACUAAAUAUGAUGACGAAGAAAGGACCGAAAGAAGUGAAAUGUGUAUUAGUUGGGGAUGGAGGGGUAGGAAAAACAAGUAUGAUUCUAAGUUAUACCACAGGGAAAAUUAUGACUUCAUAUGAACCAACAUGCUUUGACGAUUAUUUAGUAAACAUCCACACACAUAAUGGACAAGAGAAAAUGCAGGUCUCUGAUACAGCAGGCCAAGAAACGUACGACCGACUGAGGACAUUAUCGUAUUAUGACACGGAUGUAUUUAUAGUCUGUUUUUCUGUGGAAGAUAAAGACUCACUGGAAAAUGUCAAAAUAAAAUGGAUUCCAGAGGUAAAAGAAUUCAGACCCAAUACCCCAUUUAUUCUCGUGGGAACACAAACUGAUUUACGUGGUUCAGUGACAGAUAUCACAGAUGCUUGUGUAAAAACUACAAAAGGAAAGAAACUAGCUAAGAAAUUUGGAGCUGUAGACUAUUUAGAAUGUAGUGCGCUAGAACUAAAUGGAAUGGACGAAAUAUUUACUGCUGCGUAUCAUGCUGCAGUAACUCCUAAAAAGAAACGACGGGUAUGGAAGAGUUUCAAAAGUGCUUUCAAACGAAAAUCUGUAGCAGGAAAAUGAAUGUACUAUGUACCUAAUCAAAACCCAAGUCCCUGUUUGUUAUUUCUGUCUUAGUAAGGAUGUUAAUAUAACCUCCUGGGUCUUAAUGAUUGUUGAUGUUGUCGAAUGUAUUUAUACUAGAUUACUUCACCGUCCAUUGUAUGAGGUGAUGGUUUUGAUCUUGUAUAUUGUGAUGAACAGUUGGAGUGUUUAAACUUUGUAUGAGAUAAUGAGUCUCACGUCUGCAAGAGCAAAUGCAUAUUUAUAAAUCAAUCGAAUACUCAUUUUUCUACUUCUUUUCUAAACACAAUAUGUUUACCUCUUGAUGUUUUCCUCCUUACCAUUUGGUUGGUGCCUCAUUGACCUACAUCCUACCUCACCUUUCAUUCAUAUUCGAAUAAAAAUUGUGUGUGUAUGUCUCUCUCUAUGUGUGUUUGUGAGAUUGACCUCAGGUACGCUAACGAACAUAUUUUUGGCAGUGUAAUUCAAGUAUAUAUAUAUAAUUAUAUUUACAAUAGGGCAUACAAUCCACUGUUUACAUCCUCAUCCUAUUGUCUCCCUUGGAAAGUUGUCUCAUUAGCUAGGAUACCACAUCUCCAUAGUUUUAUAAAAAAAAAAUGGUAAAAGCUAACUACGGCAAAUGAUGCAUGAGAAAGAAGGAAUCGUAUUUAUCAAAACCAUUUGAUAAAAAGCCGAUUUCUUAUAAUUGUGUUUUAUACACCAGUCUUGGUGUCAAAUUUCAUUCUCGAAGCGGUUAUACCAUCUAUGGGUCUAUACAUCUAUGGUUAUACCAUGUGGGCCAUCUGUUCAUGCGACAAAAGUGAGAGUUCGGCAGUAACAUAAAAGAAUAAAAAAUGCCUAUUGUUUGCGUAUAAAAUAACUCUUUUUAUCAUUUGAUUAUCAUCUUACAACCUUUACAGAUAAGCUCAUAGCCGAAAAAAAUAUUUAUAGCAAAGACAAUAUUAAUUACAUAUAGAAUAUGUAACUCGUGUAAUAAAAGGACUAAUACCGGUAUUUGCCAGAUUGAAUUUAUCCUUACUGACACAUUAACUUUUUACGGGAUUUAGGCAAUAACAUGUGUUUUAUUUAUUAUCAUCCUUUAAGCAAUGGUCAGAUGAAUAAGACAGAAAAGCUUAUGGUCAACUAUUAUACUGUGGAUUCAUUAUUAUUCGUUGGAUACCAAUUUUCGUGGGUACAGGUGAACCACGAAUUCAAAUGUUCAACGAAUUACAAAUGUUAAUUUGGUUUUGUAUGCAGAGAUUGGCAAAACCACGAAAUUAAAUAUCCACGAAAAUGCAAGUGUUCCUCAAUCCACGAAAAUUGAUACCCCCGAAAAUAAAUGAAUCCACAGUACAUUGUAUGUUAUAUUUUCUUAUCCAUUUGAUCAAAACAGCACAAACAGCUAAUUUACUUUACUAAUAAGAUAUACUCUUACAAACAACUUAUCAAAUUAUCCUAGAUUGGGUUUUGAUCUUGUAAGUUGUGAUAACAUUGAAUAUUUCCACGCCCCAGCAUUGGAUACUAGUAUGACUUACAACUCCUAAAUUGUACUGUAAAUAUUACUUUGAUCCAAGGAUAUUCAUAUAUAAAAACAUCAAUUAUUUUAA